CCUGUGGCAGCGCCGGGGAGGGUGGGGGGGAGUGGGGAGGAGGGGGAGGGGGGAGAGCGGCCUGCUCCUCCCCCCUCUGCCCCUGCCCCGGGGCGGCGGGUGGCGCUGGCCGCGGCGGCUCGGGGCUCAGUGUCCUUGUGCGGAAAUGACACACGGUCCCGUCACGUCACGCGAGAGCGCUGCGCGCGGACCCUCGCACACAAAGAGCGGGGGGGGAAACGCGGGCACCAGCGGAGGCCGCUCCAGCCGCCCCCGCCGCCCCCGCCGUACCGGGGCUCCCCGCCGUACCGGGGCUCGCGUGCCCACGCGUGGAGCCGAGUGAGAUAGAAGAUGAAUUCAGCUGAAAUCACUGAUGAUGAUGAAGUAAAAAUUCCUAAAACGAGCGUGAAAGUAGAAACAGAAAAUGAAGAUGAAGCCCUAGACUGCUCAGUAACAUCCAGAUCUGCUGAGAAACACUCACUGGAUGGCGCAGUUACUUGCCUACAGGAUUCCAACAAACGGAAACAGACCUCACUUGGUUGUGAUGGUUCAGGGAGCCAGCAAGAUGUCUUACCCAGUGUGAAGAAAAGACGCUUUACACAAGAGGGCCCCUUUUCAAACAUGAGGAACAGAGAUACUGGCUCACCCACUCAGGUAAAUGCAGAGCAGCCAAACAAGAACAAGAAUCCUAACGUAUCAUGGCUCUGUGAAGAAGAAUCCUUCAGUGACAUAACCACUCCAUCUUACAAAAAACCUCUCUAUGGCAUCUCACACAAAAUCACGGAGAAGAAGAACCCACCAGGAGCAGAGCAGUUUGCUUCUUAUGAGUUGUUUGAAAAAAUCAACCCCAGCAGUCCCUCGCAUCUUCGGACUUUGAACGACCAACGCAAAAGGGACUCGGCUGCAGCCAUUGCCGUAACAGCGGCCACCUCAGAUUCUGACCCAAAUAUAUAUUCUUUGAUACAGAAAAUGUUUUACACACUUAACACCCUCAAUACCAAUAUGACUCAGCUUCACAGUAAAGUUGACCUGUUGUCUCUGGAGGUUAGCAGAAUUAAAAAGCAAGUCAGUCCAGCAGAGUCCGUUGCAGACUUCAAGCCUCCCCCGGAGUACCAGCUGACUUCUGCAGAGCUCAAACAAAUCAUGGAUCAAAGCACGUCAGGUGGAGACCUAGCUUGCCGGUUGCUAGUGCAGCUCUUUCCAGAGCUCUUCAGCGACGAUGAGUUCAGCAGAAGUUGCAGUGCAUGCGGCUUUCUCAACAAAAGGAAACUUGAAUCUCUUCACCUGCAGCUUAUCCGUAACUAUGUGGAAGUUUGUUAUCCUUCUGUGAAGAAUACAGCUGUGUGGCAGGUGGAGUGUUUGCCUCAAGUCAAUGAUUUUUUCAAUAGAUUUUGGGCUCAAAGGGAAAUGGAAAACAGUCAGCAGAAUGUGCAAUUGUCCGGUUUUUAUGAGACCGAACAGGUCGAAUCCUCUCAUUUUAUGGAGGAUAAAGAGCAGGAGGAAGCUUUGUCCUUGGACAGGAGUAAUGCCAUUGCCUCAGAUUACAUGCUGGAUGCUCAGGAUCUCAAUGAAUUUUUAGAUGAAGCUUCUUCUCCAGGGGAAUUUUCUGUUUUUUUGUUACACAGAUUGUUUCCAGAACUCUUUGACCACAGAAAAUUAACUGAAAGGUACAACUGCUUUGGAGACUCUGGAAAACAACUGCUGGAUUCUCAUCGGCUUCAAAUAAUCCGUAGGUACACUGAAAUUUACUUUCCAGAUGUGCAAGAAGAAGAAGCCUGGUUGCAGCAAUGUGUUCAGCGAAUAAAUGAUGAGCUUGAAAACACGUAUAUGGAUGGAAGUGAAUGUGAUCAGAUGAGAGAUGACUGUUACGAUUCUUCUAGUUUACCAGAUGAUGUAUCAAUCAUAAAAGUGGAAGAUAGUUUUGAAUAUGAAAAACCUGGCAGACGUUCAAAAAAAAUUUGGCUUGUACCCAUAGACUUUGACAAACUUGACUUUCCCCCUCCCGAUUUUGAUGUCCCUGUCCCGGAUUACCUGUUGAACAAAGAACAGAUUAAAAGCAUAUAUGAAAGCAGUCUUUCCAUAGGCAACUUUGCCUCUCGAUUGCUUGUUCUCUUAUUUCCUGAACUAUUUACUCAUGAAAACUUACGGAAGCAAUACAACUGUAGCGGAUCUUUAGGCAAGAAACAGCUCGACCCCACUAGAAUUAAAUUAAUUCGACAUUAUGUGCAGAUACUGUACCCCAGAGCAAAGAAUGACAGAGUGUGGACAUUGGAGUUUGUUGGGAAGCUUGACGAGAGGUGUCGACGAAGAGACUCAGAGCAAAGGCGCACGUACCAACAGCAACGGAAAAUCCAUGUGCCAGGGCCUGACAGGAGGGAAUUUCUCAGCUAUGCAAUAAACCCUGAGAGGUUUCGAGAAGAAUUCGAAGGGCCGCCGCUGCCACCGGAAAGAAGCAGCAAGGAUUUUUGCAAGAUACCACUCGAUGAACUUGUUGUUCCUAAUCCAGACUUCCCUGUGCCUUCUCUGUAUUUGCUGUCUGAUAAGGAGGUAAGAGAGAUAGUGCAGCAGAGCCUGUCAGUCGGCAACUUUGCUGCCAGGCUUCUCGUAAGACUCUUUCCCGAACUCUUUACUUCGGAGAAUCUCAGACUGCAAUACAACCAUUCAGGUGCUUGUAACAAAAAACAGCUCGAUCCUAUCAGACUGAGACUGAUCCGUCAUUACGUGGAAGCAGUUUACCCUGUGGAGAAAAUGGAAGAAGUAUGGCAUUAUGAAUGUAUACCGAGCAUUGAUGAAAGAUGCCGGCGUCCUAACAGAAAAAAGUGUGAUAUACUGAAAAAAGCGAAGAAAGCAAAAAAGUGACAGGCUCUUUAAAUUCCUAAGACUUUGACCACUAAAUUAUUAUCAGGAUUAUGCUUUGGUUUAGACUGAGGGGCCUGUCGGGAGCUGAGGGUGCUCAGCAUCUAGGACAGUCAGGCACUAAGUUUGUUGCGUUUUAAUGUGUGCGUUGCAUCUAUGUGGGCACUGCAGCAGUGGGAAGUGGCUUACUACAUUUGUACAUGGGUAAAAACUAUAAGUCAUCAGUGACAGAGCUAUCAAUGACUCGCUAAGAGCAUGAUUUUCACUGGUGCAAAUACAUGUAUCAAAACUGUAUUACUCCACUCCCCAUUUCUGCAUCUUCCUUUUUUAUCACUUUCUAAUUAUAAAGAUUUUUUUUUUAAAAUCGUUGUGCUCUUCAGGGGCAGUUUUUCAUUAUACCCUUAUAAAGAGUCUUGUUAGUUAAUUUGGAGGUUGAAAUUUAAACUUAAUUUAAAUUUGAAAGUGCCAUGUUCAUUGGAAAUCCUUGGAAUAUUAGACUUUGCUUCUACAGUAAUUACAGCUUCACAUUUGUUUUGUUCUUGAUGAUACUGAGAUAAUGAAAAUAAUAAUAUUGUGUCAAAGAAUGGGUCAGCAUGGUGUCAUUUGCUUUUUGACUGUUACCCAGGUUUUAUUUCUAAAAUCAAGAAUUAACUGUUGAAGAAUUGAGACAUGAGCAUAGACACAAUGUGAAUGUUUUUGGUUUGUUUUUUUUUAUAUUGACACCACAAGCUUGAUCCUGCCCCUGUGAGUUCUUUUUUUAUUUUGUCCAGUGUCACUGCUGGCAUGACUGAGGAUGGCUCGUCUGAAUAAAGCCAGCAGAACAGACCCAAGCCUAAACCCGUGGAAUGUCUUGCCAUUGCCUGCUUGCCAUGCUAUUUGUAAAAUAACAGAGACAACAACAACAACAAAAAGACCUGAAACAAGAACUUAGAAAAAUUUUAGACCUUACUCUCUAUCAAAAUCACGAUUCCGAAGGUUUCCAGUAUUCAUAUUGAAUUGCAUAUAUAAAAAGUACGUGCCAAGCUUAGCUUUGUGAUGGAAUUCAGUGUUUCAGGGUCCCCACAUAUGAGCUGUGGUAAUGUAACUUACUCUUUGUGUGAAUGCAACACCAUCUGGAUAUUCUGGGUGUAGGGAUAUUGAAUUCUCUCACUUUGCCAAAUUGAUUUAGUGUAAUUAGUAGCUAUUUGGAGACAUAACUGUGUAUGUAUAACGUAGGUUUAUAUGGUUAAGUUUGCAUCAUUAAUAUGUUCAAGUCUAACAGAGACCACCCAGAACCCAAUGUGAAUUUGCUGUAUGAAUUGUCACUGGAGAGUGCUGCUUUAAAACUAGUUUUCCUCUUUUUUUUUUUUUCUUUUAAUACUGAUAGAAAUGGUGAGAGAGAGUCAGACAUGGAUUUUUAAGACAGUAAAGACAGUGGUCGCUUACUGACCAUUGCUGGAACACCUUGAAGCAAUUGUUGAUGUUCUCUGUGGUCCUUUUUUGUUGUUUACUUAGGUGGGUCAUAGUAUCAAAUUUAAAUUCAGUUCCAGUGUAAUUUUCUAUUUUAGUAUUUGUAAGAAAGUAUAAAAUACUUGAUAUUUUUACUUCAGAUUUUUAGAAUUUAUUGUUCUUAGAGUCAUAUUGAUCCCCUUCUUGUAAAAGCAAAACGUUUUUUCCUAAUGGCAAGAACUAGUAAAAGUAUUAUGUUAAACUGGGAGUAAAUCAUAAUAGAUCGUAGCAUUUGCUCGUUUCCCCCAUAUGCUAGCAACAUUCUCGAAGAAUGUAUGAAGAAAGUCAUGAAUGUACUAAAUAAUACACUGAUACUGUUUAUAUCCAUUUAAAUGUUUCCUGUUGGUUUAAAUAAUAGCAGACCAUGCACAAAAUGGAUAUCAGAGCAAAUAUGGCUAUAAUAAAAUGAAAACAUUUUACCAAAGAUAAAGAACUGAUACCACAAUGUCUGCAUCUUAUCUUUCAUUUUAGUCCAUAAAUUAGCAAAUUGAAUGUAUCAGAAACCAAGACUUUCUCUUGUAAUUGUAUGCUACCUAGCACCUCUGUGAAAUUUUUUACAUGCACUUUUGUGGGAGAUAUAAAAUGACAGAAAUUAUUAACAGCUGCUUAAUUUGUUGUUGCAAAUGGCUGGCCAGAAGGUAAGAAAUAUAAUUAUAUUUUCUGAUCUUAAUGUCAUACACAUUUCACCACUUAGUGAUGUCGAAGUUCCCAGAAGAAUUCAAUAUAUAUUAAACUUUUCUACAAUUGACAGAUGUUACUAGUUAGCAUGCAAAUUUGAGACAUACUGACUUUUACUGUAGAUGUUGACAUUAAGUCAAAUCAGUCCAUUCAUAUUAUCUACUAAGAAGUGAAAAACCAAUUUUCACCUUUUAAAAUUACAUUUUUGAAAGUGGGUAUAGAAAGAUUUUCGUUUGUUUUUUUUCUCUUCUAAUUGCUGUGUACAUUCCUUUUAUCUCACUCUUCACAACCCUUUCAUGAUUCAUUUGGUUGUAUGUUUUAUAACUUAUAUCAAGAAAAUACAGACAUAUGAAUAGUGACAUAGUUCACUAAUGAAAGCUCUUGCAGUGCACCCGAAGUACAGCCACUUCAUCCAGUUGGUCAGUCUUGUAAAUAAAUUAAAGGUAUAUUAUUUUCAUACAAGA